AUGAGUUCCAUACCUCAAGUUGUAGUUUCCGAUCAUCAUUCAAAUGAAUAUCCGGUCCACCGUGCCUCGACUGACGGUGAUGCGGAUGGUGUACAAGCAUUUACAGCAGCAAAUGUGGGCAAUCUAAGACGUCGAAGAACGUCGGACUUCAGCCCGGCAGAUGGGAGCACGAAUGCAGAUGACUUGCUCAAUAAGUUGACAAACCGGCUGUCUACAAAUUACCGGUUCAUCAAAUUCACACCUCAUGAGAAGGGCGACGGAGAUGUUCAGCACUUGUACAAGAAACAGGUUGCGUUUGAUGAUGUGAACAUUCUGUUUGACGAUGAUGACAUUCCGGAUCCAGAUGAUGAUUAUGGGUGGGAGAUUUACAAGCGCAAGCAUGGGAAUGUUAGACCUGGGUCGACUUAUAUUCGUGGGAGACAGCCUUAUUCAAUAGGCGAAAGGAUCAACUCACCUUCUCCGACGCGCAAUGUAUACGAGGAAUUGGACAGCUCUGAACUUGCAGAGUUGAGGCGAUUGGAGAAAUUAAAUGUCAAGUAUCCAACUACACCAAUUACAACUCGUAGGUUUUGUUCACUAACCCAACGUCACAAAUUGUACUGGCCAUUGUACAACUUGGAAUUGCUACCCUUGGUUCCCAUAUUGCCCCAUAGGACUAUACUUGUUUAUAUUAGUGCAAGACAGCAUACUUGGGUAGCGUUGGACUGGAUUAUGAACAAAUUUAUUGUAAACGGAGACAAGAUUAUUGUGUGUGCAACACUUGACCCCGAUGUGUUGGAGGCUGAAAGGAAAAAAGUGACACGAAGAAGCCAGCUUGCACUAUCGAGAUCACCUUCUAGAGGAAGAACCGAUCCAUUGGAAAGAUUUGAACAGAGAAACGAACCUGAUAACAUUACGCAUAUUGCCAAGAACCUCAUGGAUUACAUAUUUCAGGUUAUCAACCCCGAUGUUAUUGCUAGAGUGACAAUUGAGCUCGUUGCUGGCCGCACAAAGGAAGUUUUAAAGGACAUGUAUCGAUUAUAUGAGCCAAAUAUUGUGUGCACAGGAACGAAACCCAACAAGGCGUUCGGAGCUCCCUUGAGGUCAUGGCGCUCGUCCAAGUUGACUGACAGAUUGGUGAAGAAUUUCCCUCUUCCUGUCAUUGUUGUUCCCGCUGUCAAUAUGUGUGAUUUUGAAUACGCCUUACAAAGCAGGAUCAAUGGCACGAGUAUGGAGGACACUAAAAGUGCAAUUGAGGAAGAAGGGGAAGAUGCUCUUGGUGACGACGAGGGUGGCGACGAUGACAUGGAUAGUAUAGCAUCUAAUGAAUCACGUGAAAGUGACUCCUCAACAACGUCUACUGACUCGUAUGAAGAAAUUGCUCAAGUGUUUUCUACUCAUCAAAGAGAUAUUAAGAGGCAGUUGAAACAGCUAUUGCGGAAGCCAAUAAACGAAUCGUACUACGUCGACAUUGCCAAGGCUAUUACAGAUAAUUCAAUCGACCAAUGUUCUCAGAUUAUUGCUAUUCAACCAGAAAGCAGCGGCCAAGGCGCAAAAUUAGCGCGAGAAAUCACUGGAUCAAACUCUUUUGGAGUGAAUGCGUAUAGAACAAAGUCACUUUUAGCACAAGAAGAUGAGAAGGAGCGAGAGAAGAAGAACCAAGCUUCAAAGGAGCAAGGUCUAUCAUUCAAAGAGCUUAGUGAGCAAUUAAAGUUGAACAAGAUCAAAUCCAAUGGAGUAUCACCUUCAGCAUCGCCAGAAGCGACAUCCCCGGAGAAAUCCUCGCUGCCUGCGUUUGGUGUAAGUGAUGAUGGUGGUGAUCAUUCAUCGCCCCCACCACGAACUUUGAAGUGGGGUGGAUUAGAGGUUCCAGAUAAACAAUCGAAUUCUGGUCUUUCUUCAUUGCGUAAGAUUGUAUCCAACCCUAAUAAUAUUGGAGCCAGAAACGGAAGUCGAACAAGCUUGGAUCGGCUAAAGUUAGAGCCUAGGAGAAGUCAGCCAGAAGCAUCAAAGACCGCGGAAGCGGGGUCAGACGAUGAAGGUAAGAAAAAGAAAAAGAAGGGGUUCUGGAGGAGAUUCAAGAAAGAUUUAGGUUUAUAG